AUGGCCGCGGUGAAGCAACAGGAUACGCAGCUGGAGGAGUGCGCGCGAGACAGGGACCGAUACGCGCAGUCCCUCUCCGUCGCGGUCGACAGGGCCGCGGCCAUGGAGAGGACCACCGAGCUCAACGAAUCGGAGAUCGUCCCGGGGCUGCGAACUGAGAUUGACGAGCUCAAGCUCGAGCUCGAGGGCGUGAAGGAGCGGGAGAGGGCGUCGGUGAAGGCCCGCGAAGCCGACGCCGUCGCCGAGAAGAUCCGAGUCGCGAGGGAUCGCGCUCGCGUCAUGGAGGCUGAGGAGAACGCGGCUUCGUUUCGCGAACGACUCGAGGCCGCCACGCGCGACAACGAGUCCCUCGUCGCCGAAAAGACGUCGCUGGAGACCACCGUCAUGUCGCAAGCGUCGCGCAUCGAUCGGAUGCUGACGCAGGCGGAGGCGAGGAAGGGCGCGCUGAGAUCGGCCGAGGAAUCGCUCGUCGACGCCGCCGACGAGAUCGACGAGCUCAGACGUAAACUUGACGAGGCUCUGGCGGACGUUGGGAAGGCGACCGAGCUGGCGCGCGCGAAGGAACGCGAGCGACGCGCGCUGGCGAUCCGCGUCGAGGAAGCCGACGAGGCGACGGACCGCGAGACGAGUUCGCUUCGCGAGGAACGCGAGACGCUUCGCGCGAGAGCCGAGGCGGCUGAGCCAAACGCGGCGGAUCUGCGAGCGAGGCUGGACGCGAGCGAGGCUGGACGCGACGACGCGAUGGGCACGCACCGCGCCGCCGCGGAGGAACUCGCGGCGUCACUCGCGGCGCACGAGGCGACGAGCGCGGAGCUGCGAUUAGCGCGUAGCGAACUCGCGGGGACUCGAGAGGAAAAGGACGAGCUCGACCGCCGGGUCGCGGAGCUUCGCGAGACGCACGCGGUGGAAAUUUCCAAAGUUCGAACGCUCCUCGAAGCCUCGGAGGCUUCGUCUGGACGCGCGGAUGACUCCGGGCGCGCGGUCUCGCCCCAAGACACGGAUGGGUGGACCGCCGAGAGAGCUUCCACGGAGAAGGAGCUGGCGUCGUUGAGGGAGGAGCUCGCGUCGUUGAGGGAGGAGCUGGCCAAGGCGGACGACGCGCAGGACGCGGCGAUUGAAUGGGCGCGAUCCGCCGCCAAGGAAGAGGCGGAGGCUGCGUGGGCGGCGCAGGUCGAAGCCUCCUCCGCGAGGGUACGAGCCGCGGAGGAGAAGGCGCGAGCCGCGGGGCUGACGCACGCGGCGGAGCUCGAGGCGGCGAGAGCCGCCGCCGCCGCCGAGAGCGCCGCGUCUUCCUCGUCGGAGAAGGUGACCGAGCUGGAGUCUUCACUCGCCGAAGCUCGCGUGAGUCUGGACCUGGCGCGCGCGGACGCCGAGGCGAUGUCGGCGGCCGCCGCGGAUCUGGACGCGGAGCUCACGAAGACCAAGGCUUUUCACGCGGAGAACGUGAGGGAGCUGAGAGCCUCCGCCGAGGCUUCCGUCGAGCGGCUGCGAGCCGAGCUCGAUCCGCUCAAGAAACGCGCGGAAGACGCGGAGGUUUCGCUGAUGACCGCGUCGCACAACGAGCGCAGGCUCAGGGCGCAGCUCAGGGAGGCUGAGGACCGCGGCGCGCGCGCGCUGGCGGACCUGGCGAAGGAGUUGCAGCAGGCCGAGUCGACGGCGGUGGAGCGAAUGAUGGCGUCGGAACAAAACGCCGCCAAGGCGGAUGAAACCAACGCGCGACUCGCGAGGGAGCUGUGGGAAUCCAGGCAGAAGUUCGACCGCGAGACCAAGGCGCUGGCGGACGAGCUCGACAAGGCGAGGCGGCGCGCGGCCGAGGCGAUACGCGAGAGGCCGAUGCGACGACCGGGCGCGCUCACGGGUGACGAAUCCGUCAACGAGGCUGUCAUCGCCGAGUUGCAACGAGAGCUGGAGGCGGAGAUGAAGACGUCCGAAGCGGCCGCCGCGGAGUCCGCGAGGCGCGAGGGAGUCGCUCGGCGCAAGCUCGCCCACCUCGAAGCGCGCGUCGCGGAGGCUAACGCCGCGCUGGUCCAGGCGACAAAGGCCAUCGACGAGAAGGACGCCGCGCUCGCAAAGGCUGACGGGCGAAUCGUGUCGCUCGAAUCCGCGCUUCGCAAGCUGGAGGUGAAGGCUGCGAAAUGCGAGGACAUCGCCGCCGUGGAACGCGCGGAGAAGGCGGACCUACUCGACGUCCGAGACGCGAAAGAGGCGCUCGCCGCGAGGGUGAGGGCGCUGGAGGGUGACGUCGAGGCGGCGAGGUCUCGCGCCGGAUCGGCCGAGAAGGAUCUCGCCGACGCCAAGGAGACGAUGAUCUUCCUCGAGAACGAGGCUCGGGACGCCGCUCGAGACGCGACGGAGGCUCGCGCGGGAUGGCAAAGAGCCGAGGCGCUCGCGGGCGACGCGAAUUUGCUAAACGCGGAGAUUCACAGGCUCAAGCUGGAGCUCAAGGGCGCGAGCGAGAGCCUUCACGAGCGCGAGGCUGAGAUUGAGGAGUACUUCCGCUCCAUGGAUGCGUUCGCGGGGCAGGACAACGAGGCGCAGCGUGUCAAACACCACCAACGCGUCAAGGAGCACAGGGAUCAGCUCAAGAAGGAGGUGGCCGCGGGUAAGUCGAGGCUUCGACGCGCGGAGGCUGCGCUUCGACUGAUGUGCACAGCCACGGAGACGCAACGCGCCCAGUUGAUCAGGGACGCCAGGGCCAAAUGCGAGGAUUUGGACGUAGCCGGCCGAACCAACAGGCGGCUCAGCUCGUGGGCCGAGGAUGAACACGAAACCGGGGAUGACGCUAACGGCGCGGCGGAUGAGACGUGGGAGGCGACCGUCGCGUUCCUCGCGCACCUCAAGCUUCCCGUCGAAUAG